AUGGAGCCCGACGUUGUGGAGAUCGCUCCUCCUCUCGUCCCUUUCCCUCCCAGAACUCGGAAACCCAGAAAGUCUGGAGUCCCUGAAGUGAUUGAUGUGGAGCAGUACGAAUUCCGCAAUGGCGUCGUUUCUAAUAACAACAACAACAACAACAAUCUUGCCGAUAAGAAGAACAAAGGGAAGGCAAAACAAGACUAUUAUGAUCAUAACCCUCUUAGUCAGUUUGACAACGAUGAUAUGAUGGAGAUUGAUGGUUUCCCAACGUCCGUUCAAGUUUCCAAGACUCAAUCAGGUAGCAAGGCAACCGCGAAUUGGAACCCGUUUCUGGCGAAUCCUUAUGCUCCUCCUCAGUCAUGGGAUUUUUACUCUGGUUUGGCUGUGCCUCAUCAGAACAACCAAACAGUCCAUUCUCCUCAAACUCCAGAUGUAGUGAUGAUGCCUGGUCCUCCUUCAAGAGCUUUCACAUUUGAUGGCUCUGCUAGCUCUUCUAGGCGUUCUCGCCGUGUAGCUGCUGAGGUUGUUUGUUCACCUCAGGAAGUGUUUCUCAAGAACUUCAAAAGAUUUGACACUGUUGAGGACUUCUCAGAUCAUCACUAUGCUUCUAAGGGAAAAGCUUCAAAACAACACUCAAAGCCUUGGGUGAAAAAGGUUCAAUCAGAUUGGAAGAUUCUUGAGAAUGAUUUGCCAGAAACAAUCUUUGUCAGAGCAUGUGAAUCAAGGAUGGACCUUUUGAGAGCUGUAAUUAUUGGACCAGAGGGAACUCCAUACCAUGACGGUCUUUUCUUUUUCGAUAUUCAGUUCCCAGAUACCUAUCCUGCAGUGCCACCAAAAGUUUAUUACCAUUCCGGUGGGCUUAGAAUCAACCCGAAUCUGUACAAUUGUGGUAAAGUGUGCUUGAGUCUUCUCGGUACCUGGGCAGGCAACGCAAGGGAGAAGUGGCUCCCAAAGGAGUCCACAAUGCUACAGCUUCUCGUCUCAAUCCAAGCACUCAUCUUGAAUCAAAAACCAUACUUUAACGAACCUGGCUGGGCGGGCUCCGCGGGGACCGUUUCUGGCGAGGCACAUUCUAAAGUUUACAGUGAGAACGUGUUCUUACUAUCGUUGAACACGAUGGUUUACAGCAUGAGAAGACCACCCAAGCAUUUUGAAGAGUUUGUGCGUAGCCAUUACUUCGUGCGAGCUCAUGACAUUGUGAAAGCGUGCAAUGCUUAUCGAGACGGAGCUCCUCUGGGAUCGAUGGUGAAAGGAGGAGUUCAAGAUGUUGAAGAAGCUAGCCAGAGCGGCUCUCAGAAGUUUAGGACCGAUGUGCCUAAACAUAUGAAGCCAGUGGUGGAUGAAUUUGUUAAAUUAGGAGUCAAGGAUCUUCAACUUAACGCACCGCCUCAGAGCAAUGCUAAUACAGCGAGUAGUAACGCAAAUAAGAGAAGCAGAGCAUCGAGGUGA